ACGGCCUCUGCCUGCACACUGCCAACGGCCGCUGCGAGAGAGGGAGGAAAAUCGGAUGGGGGACGCCUACGCUAAGCGGGUGCUGCUCACCGCCGCCGGCGACGCCAUCUCCAGGGGGAUCGCCUCUAACCUCGCCAAGCACGGCUGCAGGUUGGUUUUGUUGGGCGACGAGACCGCGUUGGCCGCGACGGCCGAGGAGGUGCGCCGCUGCGUCGGCGGAGGCGUCGCGGUGGUGGGGCUGGACUUCGAGGCCUGCGACGAGGCGGCCGUCCACGCGGUGGUGGAUCGGGCGUGGCGCUGCUUCGCCGGACUGGACGCCUUCGUCAACUGCUACACCUACGAGGGCGAGGUGCAAGAUUGUCUCAGCAUAAGUGAAGAUGAGUACAAGAAGACCAUGAAAGUAAAUGUGAUGACGCCUUGGUUUCUAAUGAAGGCGAUUGCAAAGCGGUUCGAGGAUACAAAAUAUGGUGGCUCUAUUGUGUUCUUGACUCAGAUUAUUGGUGCUGAGAGAGGACUAUAUCCAGGUGCUGCAGCUUAUGGUACAAGCCUAGGAGCUAUUCACCAAUUGGUCCGACUUUCUGCGCUGGAGCUUGGUAAGCACAAGAUAAGAGUGAAUGCAGCCUGUCGCGGUCUGCAUGUGCAGGACAAGUACCCCAUCUCUGUGGGGAAGGAGAAGGUUGAGAAGGCCACCGCAGAGGUGAUGCCCUUGGGGAGAUGGCUGGAUCCGGAGAAGGACUUGGCGUCCACAGUGCUGUACCUGGUUGGGGAUGAAUCGCGCUUCAUGACGGGCACGACCAUAUACGUCGAUGGAGCACAAUCCGUCGUGCGACCGCGCAUGCGGUCCUACAUGUAGCUUGGCGAGGACAUGGUGAUAGAUCCGGAACGUGCAGAACGGCAGUGUUUGUUCAACAUGUGGAGCCAACUGCUCAUCUGGAUAUCUACAUACCAUUUGUAUGAUUAAUUGAUUAUGAUCUGUAUAGGAUGCAUUGGUUGGGCAACCAGUAAUGAAGUAUUGAAUAUAUAUGAUGUUCAUGUCG